GCUGCGCCGAAGCCGCGACGAAAGCAAGCGAACGCCGCCAGAAACCGGGUGAAUAAGAUCCGCCCUAGUUCGGUCCGCCCGCUGUCGUUGAUCCGUUGACCGACACCUCGAUCUGCUACGGUGUCCGCAGCCUCAUUGACGAUCGCAUCGCUCUCUCCAUGCUCAUGACCGAAACGUACAAUCCGGCGUGCGCCACUGCAGCCGCCAACGCCGCCAUGGACCCGGACGCGGAGGCUUUCAGCGAGCGUCUACGUUUAAAGAUCCAGCCCAGUCCACCCAAAUUCCCGUACCGGGACGACCCGUUCGAGCUCACCGUGUAUCUCGUCGACCCGGCGGACCACCUCAAGUCUGGUGUAACCGUCCCGCUCAACGUGGAACUCUACGCGGCUGAGAAGAUGAUGCCUGUGGAGAAAGACAUUUUGCACAUUGACCCAAGCACUAAACCAGUCAUGAACGGUGACGGUAUCUGCAAACUACGCAUGAGUAUCAGCGAGUGUUCCAUGGCGCUGGGCAACCGCAAGUUCGUCAUCCACAUCUCCGCUGCGACUACUAAGGAGAACAUCAAUCUGAACGUCACACCCGCCGUCACCUCCGAGAUGACGGUGAUCCAGCAUCGCCUGCUUAUCCAGGAGAAGCUGCCGGAACUCUGGUACAAGGACGAAGGUGGUCGCGACAAGUGCAUGACGCUGCCCAUCUUCCUCGUUAACUCGAAGAACGAACGCGUGGGUAACCGCCCCGUGCCUCUGCGUGUGACUCUUCUCUACGAAAACGAACACCCAGUAUUAAAGCAGGAUAUCCUCAAGAUGUCGCCGGACUGCCAGCGCACCAUCGACUCGACCGGUAAAGCCGUACUUAAGCUCCGUAUCGAAGACGUGUCCAAGAACCACCAGGGCCAAGCAUUCCGUCUCAAGGUAGAAGCCGACACGGCGCAGUCUCCACUCAACUUCGACGUGGCGUACGACCUGAGCUCGUCCAUCUCGGUGCGCUCAAAGCGCAACAAACGUCGACCGGGGAAGAGCACACCGGCUCAGAUCACACACCACAUUAUCGCUGGAGCGUCCACGCCAAUGUCCACGACGUCGUCUCCUGCUUCCAACGCGGAGCAUGAGAUGAUGUUGGCUGGAGCGUUCGGCACCGCCGCGUUCACAGCAGAUGAUCGGCGUAAGAGGAUGCGCACGGGAGGCAGUGCCUCGCCUGGUACUCCACGUGUAGGAGGCAGUCCUCAGUCUGCUAAUUCACUGACUGGAGCCAUGGAAAGCAUCCUUACUUGGACCGGUGGCGUCGUCAAUGGACUGCACCAAUUGGAGUGGCAGACUGUGGGUUAUGAGAGCAAGACUGACGGUACAGCUGACCCCGAGCGACCUAUCUAUCGAUGCCCGGCUUGCUGGCGCUACAAGGACGUCAUGACGUACGAGACGGCUCAGCACGACACGAAAUGUCUGAUUGCUAAUCUAUUGCUGACGUACGCGACCGACACUAUGGGCCACCUCGACUUCGUACUCAAGGGGAUUGAACGCUUCCCGGCUAUGAUUGCAAGUGCACAGGCUGCCGCGCAGAAGGCAGCAGUGAAGCCUAUGGGACAAAUGCAGAGCCAGAACGCCGGUACGCCGUCACUGGUGAGUCCGCAGAAUGGGAUGAUGGGCGUGAAUCCGCUGGCGGACGACACGUCCUCGAACCAGCAGAUGAUGAUGAUGAACUCCGGUACUGCCACUGCGAACCAGUUCUCCUCUGCGAUGGCCACUGCGACGUCCGGUGCGAUGAGUGGCCUUACGGGCAUGGAAGGUCCUCCUGGACUGUUCCGUAACAACUCUGGUGGCCUCACGGAGUUCAUGCGCUCGCUAGACGACCAGGACUCGAACGACGCCAUGUUCUACCAGAACCUCGCAGGCAGUGGCAACAACAGCAACAGUGGCGGCAAUAAUCAGAUCGCUGAUGCCAUUGAGAUGCAAGUGUUCUAUGUGGUGGCACGGAUGGUGACGCUGAACGCCAGCAACGCCAUCGGCUUCCCGGCAUUUGAUGUUAAUAUGAACUUGCUGGGAUUCUACCAAGAAGGACGUGAGAACGCGACGACUGAAGUGGUAUUUGUACCUGUGGGAGACAUCCCUGCCAUCUCUCAAGGCGAAGUUCUCGAGACGCAGCGGUUGUUGCAAGCGGAAAUGAAGGGAAACAGCUCUGCAGUGCACACGCUGGCACGCUGCAACAACGAUUUGGUCAAGUUGAAGGAAGAUGUGAUCCUUUUCCACUGGAAUGCCAAGGACCGGAUCACUCCCAAGUGGUAACAAGACACUGGUGCGGUAUAUAUGAGCACCAAGUGACGACAAUGACGAGGUCACGCUGAGACGGCGAGUACUCAGCCAAAGUAUAUGAAUUUUAACCUCCACGCGAAAAAUAUCGACAACGUGUGCAUGUUACGUACACGAAAUGUUUGUAAAGAAGCGAUCUCGUGCGCCGAUGGAAGUUAAGAUUGGAGGAGAGGGAAGAAGAAGAAGAAAAAAAGAGAUGAAUAGUAUAAAAAUAUAAACGCGAUUGAAUAUU